AUUCAAGAAGAAACACUUCGAUUUCAAACAUUCAAACAAACAUUGUUAACUGUUGUAAAAACAAAUAUAUUACAACUUUCUUAUGAAGCAGAAUUAAAUGCAUAUGCCGAUUUUACAAAUUCAGAGUUUGAUUCACAGAAGAAGGGCUUAAUCCCAUCAUCUCAAAAGCGAAAUCAUUUUAAUGAUGAUGAACAAAUAGAACAAUUAUUAUUUGAAUUACGAAAUAUUGAAAAACAACAAUAUAUGUUUGAUAAGAGUGAAAGAGAAGAAGAACUCGAAGAGAGAGAACAAAUUUAUAAACGUUCUUUACCUUUACAACGACGUGGCA